GCGCCGCCGCCGUGUCAGUGGGGCAGCACUGCCGUGCGGUCGCUCCUUCGGCGCCGUCCCCGCCGCAGCGGCGCUGAGCGGCUCCGGGGCGCCCCGGCGGGGCGGCGGCUCGGCCGUGGCUCGGCCGUGCCUGCGGGGCGGGUAAAUGGAUCGCCACUCCAGCUACAUCUUCAUCUGGCUGCAACUGGAGCUGUGCGCCAUGGCCGUGCUGCUCACCAGAGGUGAAAUCAGAUGCUACUGUGAUGCUGCACACUGUGUUGCAACCGGCUAUAUGUGCAAAUCUGAGCUUAGCGCCUGCUUCUCCAGGCUGCUUGAUCCUCAGAAUACACAUUCCCCACUUACUCAUGGCUGCUUGGACUCUAUUGCAAGCACAGCUGAAAUUUGCCAAGCCAAACAAGCACAAAACCACUCUGGCACCACCACCGUGUCCACAUUGGAAUGCUGUCAUGAAGAUAUGUGCAAUUACAGAGGACUACAUGAUGUUUUGUCUCCUUCCAGGGGCGAGACUUCAGGACAAGGGAGCAGAUAUCAACAUGACAGCAGCAGGAAUCUCAUCACCAAGGUGCAGGAAUUAACCUCUUCAAAAGAGUUAUGGUUCAGGGCAGCUGUAAUUGCUGUUCCGAUAGCUGGUGGGCUGAUCUUGGUGCUUCUUAUCAUGUUAGCCUUGCGGAUGCUCAGGAGUGAAAAUAAGAGACUACAAGAUCAACGUCAGCAAAUGCUUUCUCGUUUGCACUAUAGUUUUCAUGGACAUCACUCAAAAAAAGGGCAGGUGGCAAAAUUGGACUUGGAAUGCAUGGUGCCUGUGACUGGUCACGAGAACUGCUGCAUGACCUGUGAUAAAAUGAGACAUUCAGACCUCAGCAAUGAUAAAAUUCUUUCGUUAGUCCACUGGGGAAUGUACAGCGGACAUGGGAAGCUGGAAUUUGUAUGACCAAUUAUUUUUUUAAUCUGAGCUAAACUUAAUCUCUGAACUCUUCAAGGCCUUUGGGUUCUGCUGGACAGGAGCACUUUAUCUUAAAACAAAAACUCUCAUAAAUCAUCUUUGAGAAACAAAGGACCUCUGCAACAAAACCUUGGAUAUUUCUUCUGAAGGAUUCCAAAAGUUGUCUUAUUUGCACAGAGUAAAAUACACUCAAAUGUAUUGUUUGCUUUAAAGUUAGGAAAGCAAAAAUUAGAAGUUGUGAACACUGUCACCGGGAUAAUCUGAACUGUAGGGAGCUGAGAACUGAGUUACUAUAAUAAACUGUAUGCAAGCUCCUAAGUUUCCUGACUUAUUGUAUAGAUUUUUUUUAAAUAUAUAUAUUUUGUCUGAAACUUG